AUGGCGCGAAGCCAAGCGACCAUCGCUGACGGCGGGCAGUUACAUGAUUUUGUUCACUUGGAUAUCUGGCCAGAAGGUCUACCACUUCCUGCACUGAUUGCGGGGCAACAUAGGCGAUCCGCACUAUCGACACUUUUGGCUGAGCAGGAGAAAGCUGCGACCGAAGGUGGACUCACGCCUGAUGGCAGCCCUCUUCUUCAUCCUUCUCCUCAGGCUUAUUAUUGGGCGUUCGACAUCUACGAGCAAGAAAAGAUGGAAAGCGAUCUUUUGGCCACCUUGAAGGAAACCGUGACGAUCCGAACAAGAGCGAUUCCAAUGGCUAUAUCACAAGGGCCCCGAGUUCUUGCGAUUACCACGGCACCCUUUUGGAGAGAUUUGUGGCGCAGCUACGUUAUGACACCUUAUGGGGAGAAAUACUUUAAUUUCACAACUGCGGAGGAUAUCGCCAGCACGAAGCUGGAAAAAUUGUGGGCGCGAGAAAUCGAUUUCGUUCUGACAUUCGGCAAUCGGAUUUUCGAGGGUAAAAAGGUGACAUCUGCGGACUGGGAAACUGUUCUGGCAGCGAUGGAAAAGGGUCCAAGAGCAGAUUUCUUGAGGAGACUAUUCUUUCCGACCAAGGCAGACCACGAGGAUGGCAGUUUGACUGGCCUAUUAUUGUUAAACCAGAAAUGGUUCAAUCAGUGGACAUUGCCCCGCCUCGCAGGCGACACGUUCACUACAGGUUCAACUCAAGUGAACACCAGACGUCCCGGGUUCUUGGCUAAACUUUCCGAUGUCGAGUAUCAUAAAGUUUUCAUCACCAUGCAACAAAACCCCGGCCUAACCUGCCCCAGAUGGGGUGACUUUGUUCGAACGAACCGACUAAUAGCGCAGCCUAUGAAGAAAGUACUUCAACAUGUGAUCUAUUGGACGGAUCAGAGUUUCUCGUACCCCAGAUCGUCAUCCAACGCCCUGAAAAAUUGGGAUUGGGUAGAGGAACUAGGAAAGUCCGCCUUUAGAGCAGAGGUUAACCCACGGCCAUGGAGACAUGUUGACGAGGGAUCGACUGAUAUCCAACCAAAGUUUACUAUCACUUCUCUCCCAGACCAUAUCGGUAAAUUCAUGGAGCAACUUUGGACGUACAUCGAGACUGAAUCUCUUUGGAGAGACGUUACCGUGGUGAAACAGCAGUUAAAACUACCAACCGAUAAAAAGGAGGCCAUCCGCAACCAGCUGAGUGAUGAGACUGAGCUAUUUUCCGCCAUGUUCUGUUACCGAGAGUUGAAAAAGGUUAUGAUCAGCACUUUGACGCACAGGUAUGGUGGGGGCUCAAAGAGGAGGUCGGAGCAGUUGUCCUUCCUCCUGGACAAGAAAGAGUGGGAGGUUGCCCGGGCAGAGCUGAUCGAGUACUCCAUGACCUUGAACUGGCGCGGCAUCAUGGUCAACGCGGACCAACUGAACGAGAGCUUAGAACGCCUAGCUCUCCCCACGCAUGCAAACCCGGUCGCUGAGGACGGACAACCCAUCAUGGGAUUCCUGAAAAUGGAUCCCGAGAGUUAUGGCCUCGAGCAACAGGGAAAUACGGAGCGCCUGCAGGAGCUCCUAGCCCGUGGCAUUUAUGAAAUUAGAUACUUAAUAAGAAUAUUAUAUGAAUCUACUCCGAGAGAUAAGAUUAUCAUUUAUAAUAUUGUUAUAUUAAACCUGCAGGCAGUUCAUUUAGAUCAAAUUUAA